AGUAUUUGAUGGAUCUAGCCAAACUGUGGCAAAGGGAAGUGUCCCUUCAUUAACAGGAAUGUGCCACUGUUUAUGCACUGGAAAGGGGAGUGCCAUGAGAUCUACUGAAGAGACUAUUUCUGUGGUUGCAUAUCUACAUGUGUUUGCACCCCUGCUGGGACUGAAUUAGGUGGUACAGGCAUCUUGGACCAUCAGGUAUUGGAUAGCGACAUUUUUUUUUUUUUUUCAUUCAAGGUGUACCUGGCACGCGAACUGAAAGACACUGCAGAUCUUUUUCAGAGACACAAACAGAGUGAGACAAUCUCCAGCCUUUCCCUUCUGUAUCUCCCUGCUAUACCAUGGGAUGUCGGCAAAGCUCUGAGGAGAAAGAGGCAGCGCGGCGGUCCCGUAGGAUUGACCGCCACCUGCGCUCUGAAAGUCAGCGACAACGAAGAGAGAUUAAGCUCCUUCUCCUUGGUACCAGCAAUUCUGGGAAGAGUACUAUUGUAAAGCAGAUGAAAAUCAUCCAUAGUGGUGGCUUUAACCUGGAGGCCUGUAAGGAAUACAAACCUCUGAUUAUCUAUAAUGCAAUUGAUUCUCUCACACGUAUCAUUCGGGCUCUAGCCACCCUUAAGAUAGAAUUUCACAAUCCUGACAGAGCGUAUGAUGCUGUGCAGCUUUUUGCCCUGACAGGCCCAGCUGAGAGCAAGGGUGAGAUUACCCCUGAGCUUCUGGGAGUCAUGAAACGGCUCUGGGCAGACCCUGGUGUGCAGGAGUGCUUUUGCCGCUCCAAUGAGUACCACCUAGAGGAUAAUGCUGCAUACUACUUAAAUGACCUAGAAAGGAUUGCAGCACUGGACUACAUCCCUACAGUGGAAGAUAUUCUGCGUUCUCGGGACAUGACCACAGGGAUUGUAGAAAAUAAGUUCACCUUCAAAGAGCUGACUUUCAAAAUGGUGGAUGUGGGUGGACAGAGAUCUGAACGCAAAAAAUGGAUCCACUGUUUCGAGGGGGUUACAGCAAUAAUUUUCUGUGUGGAGCUGAGUGGGUAUGACUUGAAGCUGUACGAAGAUAACCAAACAAGUCGAAUGGCAGAAAGUUUGCGUCUCUUUGAUUCUAUCUGCAACAACAAUUGGUUUAUCAACACCUCCCUCAUCCUUUUUUUGAAUAAGAAAGAUCUGCUGGCAGAAAAAAUCCGACGCAUCCCCUUAACAGUCUGCUUUGCUGAAUACAAAGGCCAAAACACUUAUGAGGAGGCAGCAGUCUACAUACAACGCCAGUUUGAGGACUUGAAUCGCAACAAGGAGACCAAGGAGAUCUACUCACACUUCACCUGCGCCACUGAUACUAGUAACAUACAAUUUGUCUUUGAUGCAGUGACAGAUGUCAUCAUUCAGAACAAUCUCAAAUAUAUUGGCCUCUGCUAAGAAUCCUUGGGCUUAAUCUGUUUUCCUGAAGGGAUAAAAAAGGGGCUAACCACUUCCACUUCUAGUGGAAAAAAAUGGGGCAAUGCUUAGUAGCCCAAGGAGAGAAAAGGGGAAAUCUGAUGUAUGUACACAGUUCCUCUUAUGCCCCCUUAACCCGCUACAUCAUUUUUCAAAAAUACAUGUUCUGGAGAGUGAAGGCCUCCUCUCCCAAAAAACCCACACAACACCCCACCCCCAACCCCAGUAAAAAAAACCCAACGAACAACUCAAAAACCCCAAACGAAAACAAAAAGAGAUUGAGGCCUAACUCUGUGGAGAUGUUUUCACCACAGUCACUGCACUUUUAUUCUAUUUGUUUCAUUCCAUUUCCUACAGUGGGAGUGUUAUCAUGUUCUAUGUAAGAAAUAAUUCUUCAUCCAGUUGUCCUAAAAUUUUACUGACGUGAAGAUAUAAAGCUGGUGACUGAUAGAUUAAGUCAUUUGCAGGGUGUGGAGAGAAAAGCUAGUUCAAACCAGAAGCUACAGAACAGGAGAGUUUAAGCAAAAUACUACUUAAAUUUGUAAAGAAUGGGCAUGCACCCACAAUAUUGGUACACGCAGCCAAACAGUAUAUACACAUACAUCAUGUAUGCACAUGCACAUGACUCACAGCAUAUACUAUGUACACACUUCUGCUUUACUUUACUGUUUAUCAUGGACACCUUGCCUGUUAAAGGAAUUGUUGGUGCGUAACUGUUCUGUGAUUUCCAAACUGACUAGCAGCUCUUUUGGCUCUUUAAGGCUUCAAAUAUGCAGCAAAACUACAUGAAAUGAAUCUAUGAAUAGGCCAAAUCAAGGUCAGUGUUUCUUCUACUGGUAAGGAGUUUUAUACAUCAAAACAGUCUUCUUUUACAUCUUUUUUUGCCAAAUCUUGUGGUGUUUCAUAAAAACCAAACUAUAUUUAAGUAGGUUAGUGUUCCUUUUUUAAUACAGAUAGAAAAAAUAAAUCACAAAGCAAUUUUUUAAAUUAUUGUUGUAGUGUCUGGAUUGCUGAAUGUGAAAGUUGCCAACGGACAAUUCUGUUCCACUGCUCCAAAUACAUUCUGGGAAUUGUAAUAUUGUAACAGAUUUCCCAAGAAGCAGGAGCCAUGGAGAUUGUGUAGUAUAUAGCCUCCAAAGUCUUUUUUUGUUGUUUUUUUUAAUUAUUUUAAAAAUGUGAUGUAUUAUUAGAAGGUUAAAGAUGAGCGAUAUGAACAAUAACUAAAUGUCUUGAUAUUUCAAUUUAAUAAUUUAAAUUAUUUACAGUUUAGUGAAGUUAAGGAAACUGAAGAGAUGCAUUCCUCAGCUCCAGGUUUCAUCUCAUAAAGAAACACUACUGGAUGGAGUAACAUUCCGGCAAAAGUUUGAAUGCAUAAGAAGCUCUGUGGGACUAUACUGGAAAAUCUCAAAUGGAUCAUAUAGACCUAAGCCUUUGGUCAGUUGAUUCUUUCCCCUGCCAUAGAAAAGACUUCUGAAAGACUUCAGUGUAAAGUUGGUGUGUAAAUAUAUGUUUGAUAAUUGUAAAGCACAUAUGUACACAGAAACACAGACACACAUGCACACUGGAAGAUAACCUUCUACUUUUGUUCCCCCUAUGUACUAUGAUUAGUGCAAGAAAUCUCAGCCAAGGGCUCUAAGAAAUUUAAAACAAAAUGGUUAAUAACAUCAACAUUUAAAUUGUCCACUUAAAAAAAAUAAAUAAUACAAAUGAUA